AUUUUGCCACAUUUUUUCAUUCAUCUAAUUGGUACAAUCAACAGCUUGUGUUCUAAUAAAGUGGUCUGAAAAGCUUUUUUUCCAGUUUAAACAAUUGACAUGUUAAUGAUGUUCUUGCAUUCAUUGUUUGCUCAUAUUUAACAUAAUCUUCUAGUGAGCUGUAUUAAAAGCAUUGCUAUCUAGACUGUUGUCUGUUACAAGACAGCUGAUAAGGAAACUAUCCAUGGCACCCUUCUCUAUAAAUAAUGGCAUGUUAGCUCUUUGCAAAGCUGUAUCUAUGGCAUUGUCAAAAGAGAAGAGGGGGCAGGACACUGCACUUCCUUUGUUGCUUGCCUGUCACCGUCUGCCAAGAGAAGACCACAGCAGGUGUUACAGAACAGACAGACAAUUUUAAGGCUUUACUUGUAGAACACACCAGACUGAAGUGAUCCAGAGACAGAAUGACCAAACCGAUGCUCCCCAAGACUGCUGAGAAGAAGCCAGCUGAGGCACCACCAGCUGAAGCACCACCAACCGAGCCAGUGCCCGAUGUCCCAGCAGAAUCCAAAGAGCCAGAGCCAGAAGCACCAGCUAUACAAGACCCUGCACAAGAGGCCAGUAUUGAAGCUCCUGCACCUCCAGCUGAGGAGGAAACUCCUGCUGCUUCUAAAGAUGGAGCUUCUCCAGCAGAAGCAGCACCACCAGGAGAGGAAGGGGCACCAUCUGCAGAAGUGCCUCCUGAGGAAACUGUCCCCCCACCAGAGCCGGAACCAGAGCCUAAACCUGUUGGCAGUAGGCGUUUAUUUCUAACAAUCUUUUGUGAAGAUUAACAAUGCAGGGAUUAUACCAGUCUUCAUGGCAUCUUUAUAUAUUAUACAGUAUAUCUUUAUGCAUCAUUGUCCUUAACUUAUUUCAAGAAUACACCAUAGAGUGGCAUAAAUCCUAAACCAGUU